AUGAUAGUGACAAUGUUGGGGAAAGCAAGAGAAGGAGUAGCUCCAUUGAUGAAAGUUGUUAGGUUAAAAGGAAUGUGUAUUUUGGAGCAAUUGCAUUUAGAAGAACGGUUGCUUCGAACGAGUUCGGAUAAUUGGUGUCUUGUUAAUGAUGGAACUACUUCCCCUGCCAUUGUGAUGGGCAUGUCUGGGAAACUUUCAGAACUUGUUGAAGCCAAAUCUGUGUUGCGAGAUCAUAUACCUAUCAUCAGAAGGUUUACUGGGGGAGGAACUGUUAUUGUUGACAAUGGUACUAUAUUUGUUACACUGAUAUGCAAUAAAGACGCUGUUCCAAAUGUUCAACCGUUUCCCCGUCCCAUUAUGUCGUGGAGUGGUCUAUUGUAUGGUAAAGUUUUUGAAGGGCUUGCAGAUUUCCAUCUACGUGAAAAUGAUUAUGCGUUUGGUGAUCGCAAGUUUGGGGGAAACGCUCAAUCUAUAACCAAGAACCGGUGGAUACACCACACGUCUUUCCUAUGGGAUUAUGAAUGCAAGAACAUGUCUUAUCUCAAGUUACCUGCAAAGGCUCCUAAAUAUCGAUUAACAAGAGAUCACACAGAUUUUAUUUGUCGAAUGAAGGAGCACAUGCCAAGAUCAGAAUUUAUAGAGAGAACUAUAAAGGCUGUCGGAGACGAGUUUUCUGUGAGUCCCGUUAGCUUGGAGUCCAUAAACAUUGAUUCUGUUUCUGAAUAUGUUCAUACUACCAAACUACUAACCGAGCACGAAAUUCAGGAAGCUUCUAUUCUUCAAACUUGA